AUGAAGUAGAUGGGAGAAUCCAAGAACAUGGUGCUGAAUGGCAGGAGACAUGGUAGCAAGUUCUCCAGCAAUCAGCCCGUAAGCAAGUCCAGGCUGCAAAACUCACAGAGAGCCCAUCUGCGUCAAAACAAGGGCUCCCCGAGUGUCAGAAGAUGCAGUAGACGUUGUGGUGGGGCGCCCCCAGAGGCAGAAAGGCGCCAUGUACCUUCUUCUGGAAUGACUGCCAAGGAGCUGUGUGAAUAUGAUGAUCUAAGCACCAGUUUGAUCCUGGAUCCUUACCUUGGCUUCCAGACUCACAAAAUGAACACCAGGUUUCGACCAAUCAAAGGUCGACAAAAUGAGCUGAGGGAGGUGAUCGAUCGUUUCAAAAAGCAUGACAACAUGGAGAAAGCUUUUCAUGCUCUGACCUCUGGUGACUGGACGAGACAUCACUUCCUCAACAAAACCAAGUCCCAAGAGAAGCUCUUCAAAGCGCAUGUGUUUGUUUACCUACGUAUGUUUGCAUCGGAGAGCGGGUUUGAGAUCCUUCCUUGCAAUCGCUACUCUUCAGAGCAAAAUGGAGCCAAAAUUGUAGCAACAAAGGAUUGGAAGAGGAAUGAUAAAAUCGAGCAUCUCGUGGGCUGCAUUGCUGAGUUGUCUCCCAGUGAAGAGAGACUGUUGCUUCAUCAUGGAGAGAAUGAUUUCAGUGUCAUGUACUCGACACGCAAAAACUGUGCACAACUCUGGCUGGGACCAGCGGCUUUUAUCAACCACGAUUGUCGGCCAAAUUGCAAGUUUGUGUCAACAGGGCGGGACACUGCUUGUGUGAAGGUUCUGCGGGACAUUGAACCAGGGGAAGAGAUCUCCUGUUACUAUGGAGAUGGUUUCUUUGGCGAAAACAAUGAAUUCUGUGAAUGCUAUACUUGCGAAAGACGUGGCACUGGUGCUUUUAAGUCGAAAGCUGGGUUGCCCGUGGAGGCUCCAGUGAUCAAUAGCAAGUAUGGCCUAAGAGAAACAGACAAGCGUCUGAACAGACUGAAGAAGCUUGGGGAAAGCUGCAGGAACUCUGACACCCAGUCUGUCAGCUCCAACACAGAGGCAGACUCUCAGGAACCAACCACUUUACAAACAACAUUACGGAAAAGGACUUCACAGUCCUGUGUCAAAAAGCCUGGAGAAGCUAAGGCGGUAACAAGGCAAACUCCGUCAAGCACUCCUUCUUCUACCUCAUCCUCGAAACGAAGUCAAACGAAUAUUUCAAGUUUACCAAAGAGACACAAGUCAAAGCCGACACAACCUUCGCCUAAAGGAAAAAGACGCUGUCGAAGUGUAUGGACGAAGAGCUCCACCAGAGUGAGAAAUCUCAAGGAGCAGACAAGGGACAGGCACUGUUCUGUUCAGGGCCCUGGAGACGGUGCAGCACGGUCGUCAGAAAGCAAUCAGAUGUUUUCAAAGGGUACUUCCUUAUGCAAGGAUAGCGUGCUUUGCCCUUACAGAACUCGUAGGUCCACAAGGACCUCUCUUGGUGCUCAGGGGGUUGAUGGCAGCACACAAGCAUUAAAUGAGCCGUCAAGCCCAGCCACAGCUCAGGGUGGUGUGGUCCUCAAGACAGAGCCGGGAGACCUCAUCCCCGUGACGCCUGGGCGCCAGCUGAACAUGCCUAGUUUAGAGUAUAGCUGUCCUAAGAAAGGAACGUGUCCCAGAGGUAGACGGACAGUAAAACAGGAAGACUCGGACUCCUACGGAGAUUCCUUUCUCCACGAAAGCGUGCCUGACCUGAGGCAUGCGGUUCGGGCUGCAGAUGUAGCAGACUGUGGGAAGGUGGUGCUUGGCCUCCCCGGCCGUCACCAGCACUACAACGGCUCGGCUAAAAGCAGCAAGGCCCUCCGCCGUGGCAAGGGAAAGAAAAAGCGUCAGAUCACACGCUACGAUGCUCAGCUGAUUCUGCAGAAUAACUCGGGCAUCCCCAAGAUAACACUACGCAGGCGUCGGGACAGCAGCAGCAGUAAAAACGAGCCCAGAGAGCCCAACUCGUCGAGUUCCUCCAAAAUCAGCAUCAAGUUUAGUAAGGAACCAGAGACGGACAGGAGCAGCUCGUACGUGGCGAAGCUGAAUAACGGAUUCAACCACGGCUCCCACAGCAGCUCCACCAAGCUCAAGAUUCAGCUGAAGCGAGAGGAAGACGGCACAUCCUUGCAUCGGGCGUACCCGGAAGAUGUCACCUUGGGGAUAAUGCAAAGAGAAGCAGGGGACGACAAGGAGGUAGGUCAGAACGUAGACGUGGAGUCAUUGUCUUCGGAGGAUGAAGAAGAGGACUACUUUGAUAAUGAGGAUGAUUUUAUCCCACUCCCACCAGCAAAACGUCUACGUCUUAUCGUGGGCAAAGAUUCCAUAGACAUUGACAUUUCCUCCAGAAGAAGAGAAGAUCAGUCCCUUAGACUCAAUGCAUAAGCUGUGUAAAUAUCCAUUGUUUCAAUCACGUUCAUUUGAAAUCUGUAAUUUAAAUGGAAAAUGUAAAUGUACAAUUAAAUCAUGGCAAAAUAUCUUUCUUUACAUUUUAGUGAUGGCACUUCUUUAUCGUUUCCUCACUAUGAAUAUGAAUAUUGUAGAUAGUGUACAGAUUAUGUAUGAAUCCAAGUCUGAUAAUGUGCAGAUGUUUGUUAGCAUUUUGUCCAUCUUAAAUGUUCUAUUCCAUGAACCUCUUGGCUUUGUGUGAUGGUGGGAUGAUCCACUUGGGAAACACUUGCAUGGUUUCACCUUAGAGAGUUGACACUUCAUAUUUAAACAACAGUGUUGUGCGACUCCCAUCAGCUCGAUUAGGAUUGUUUACCCAAAAAUAAAACUUGUCAUCAUUAACGCACCCUCAUUUGGUUUCAAAGCUAUAUGCGACUCUUCUGUGGAACACAAAAUAAGUUAUUUUGAGAAAUGUUUCAAGUGCUUUUGUGUCCAUACAAUGGAAGUCAAUGCAGGGCAAUGUUGUUAGGUCACUGACAUUCUUCAAAAUCUGUGUUCUACAGAAGAAAGAAAGUUUUUGAAUGUCAUGAUGGUGUGUAAAUGAUGAAAGACAUUUAUUUUUUGGACUAUCCCUUUCAGGGAAUAUUUGAGCAAACAAUGUACAGAAGAGUGUUGACAAAAUACUAAACAAAUUUCUCAAAAUCUCUCCACUUGAAUUUUUUGUAUCAAAAUCCUUUUUAAGCACGUGUCAGAUGUUAUGGCCAUGGAAGGGCCGUGGUGCUCGUUGUGGUGGCCUGGUGCUGGUCCAUUAAGAUAGGAGGCAAUUGAAUUAUUAUUCUGUGAACGUCAGACCUAGAUACGUGUCCCUAAGGAUAAAGUCCUCAAGAAGUAUGAGUUGUGCUGAAAUGUCAUGAAUCACUAAUCUGUUUUCCUGAAUCUUGAUCAUUGUGGUAUUCAGUACAUCGGAUUGACUUUGUGGCUUUGUGUGCAUUUUGUGCUCUGCCUAAAAAUGAAAAAAAUUAAAAACUUAGGUAUUUAAAGCAGUUGUGUUUCCUUACCCUAUAAGUAGGCAACUGCCAUUUUAGGCUACUUUUAUUUGUAACUUUACUGUUUUUUUUUUCAUUUUACUUUACAUUCUGUAGUGUCAAAGGUCUGCCACAAUGGGCUUGAAGCUAUCAGCUUCUGAUGAUCACGAAUCUUUGAUCUCAAACUCACUCUGAAGAGCAUCAUGACAGUAACAAUGUAGGAUGUAUACAUAGUCUGGGGGCAUACUGUUCACUCUGUAUAUUCUGGGACUUGUUUUUAUUCAACUGUUUUAAGUACUUGAAAACUAUAAAAUUCAUUUCCAAGAUA